CAAGCCCACACAACCACUAGACCGGACAAAAUCUCAUUUUGACCGCCACACUUCAACUACCAGCGGCCUCUACGAGGAAACACAGAAAUCUCUGGCUGGUAAAGCCAUCGCUCAGCUUUGAAACAAAGCUUGCCCAACUUUGCAAUGGAAGCAGAUGCAGAUGCUGAGCACUCCGUGAUGAUCGAAGGAAGUGUUUCACCAACUAUGCAAAUUGAUCCAAGAAGAGCUCGGUUCCCAUGCUGCGUUGUGUGGACGCCCCUUCCUAUUAUUUCAUGGCUGGUUCCUUUCAUUGGCCAUAUUGGCAUAUGCAGAGAGGAUGGAGUGAUCUUGGACUUUGCAGGGCCCAACUUUGUGUGCGUUGACAAUUUCGCAUUUGGAUCAGUGACCCGCUACCUCCAACUUAGCAACGAAAAGUGUCGCAUUUCUCCCCAUCCGUCUUCAUACAAUAGUGAAGAUGGGUACACACAGGAUGAUGCUGAAAAAGACUUAUUGACAUGGGAUGAUGCAUUAAGAAGGAGCACUCAGGACUUCCAACACCGAUCUUAUAACCUCUUUACUUGCAAUUGCCACUCUUUUGUGGCGAACAACCUAAACAGGUUAGGGUUUCAUUCGGGUGGAUGGAACGUCGUGAACCUUGCUGCUCUCAUUUUCCUCAAGGGCCGUUGGGUGAGCACAGCAUCCAUGAUAGUUGUCGACUUCACCGCUUCUUGGUGCGGACCAUGCCGUUUCAUCGCACCGUUCCUGGCAGAGCUGGCUAAGAAAUUGCCAAAUGUCACAUUUCUUAAAGUGGAUGUUGAUGAACUCAAGUCGGUUGCUCAAGAUUGGGCUGUGGAGGCAAUGCCAACGUUCAUGUUUCUGAAAGAGGGGAAGAUUGUGGACAAGGUGGUGGGAGCGAAGAAAGAUGAACUGCAGCAGACAAUAGCAAAGCACCUGGCCACUGCUUAAUACUUAAUAGCCCCCAUGUAGCUAGUGAUUAUCUUCACUCUUGCUUAAUCUGGACUGAAUCUCGUUUCUUGCUUCUACUUAUAUUGCAUAACAUACUUUAAAAAAAAAAAAGCUUUUAUCAUGGUUUCUCUGAUGCUUCCUUCUUUCAUGAAGAAUGGCUACACUUGUAUGUGUUUAAAUAUGGUAUACAACUAUGUUUCUUAUGAUGUUUGGUGAUAUGCCAUGAAUGCAGUUUGUACAAUGACCCAUGACACAGGUGUACUUUAGUCAUGAGCUUCAUCAUUUUCU